AUGACCUUUCAAGACCCUAUCAUACAAUGGCUUCGGGCGCGCGACGACAGCAACACCCCCAGCUCCGAUAGCAACAAUCCUGCGAACCAGCUGCUAAAUCUGCUCAAGGAUCCCUUCUCGGGAACGCUUGCGUCGGCUUCCGUUUACUCUGCCUUGGGUAUUUCCCUCGGUAUCACAGCCUUUGUCGCCCUCGUCUUCUCCUUCAUUAGACCUUACAAUCAGUCGGUGUACGCCCCGAAGCUAAAGCAUGUCGACGACAAGCACGCUCCGCCUCCCCUGGGCAAGAAGCCGUGGUCGUGGAUCUUGCCCUUGAUGAGCACCCAAGAAGAACAGCUGAUUCAAACCAUCGGCAUGGAUGCCACUGUCUUCCUGCGCGUGAUGCGCAUGUGCCGCAACAUAUUCUGUGUCCUUGCCAUCAUUGGCAUCGGCAUCCUUGUCCCGAUUCACUCAACCAAGUCUGUCAAGUUUCCUGGGGAGACAACCGACUCCAACAGCUGGAUUACCACCAUUACUCCCUUGAAUGUCUACGGUAAAUGGAUGUGGGCGCAAGUAGUCAUUGCUUGGGUCUUCGACGUCAUCGUCUGCUUCUUUCUGUGGUGGAACUAUCGCAGGAUAAUGCAGCUUCGGCGCAAGUACUUUGAGAGUGAGGACUAUCAAAGCAGUCUGCACUCACGAACGCUAAUGCUGUACGACAUCCCCAAGCAAGGCUGUUCUGAUGAAGGCAUUGCGCGCAUCAUUGACGGUGUCGCGCCCAACUCAUCUUUCGCGCGAACUGCCAUUGCCAGAAACGUCAAGGACCUCCCCGACCUCAUUGCGGCGCACGAUCGAGCGGUUCGAAAACUGGAAAAGGUCCUGGCCAUCUAUCUCAAGAAUCCCCAGAGCCUGCCGCCGCGACCAACCUGCAAGCCUUCCAGGAAAGACCGCUCAUACGGCACUUAUCCAAAGGGCCAGCGACUGGAUGCCAUUGAGUACUACACACAGCGCAUUCGAGAACUCGAGGUGGAGAUCAAGGAGGUCAGAGCCAGUGUCGACAAGCGGAGCUCCAUGCCUUUCGGAUUUGCCAGUUACUCGGACGUUUCCGAGGCGCACGAGAUUGCCUACAUCACCCGCAAAAAGAAGCCCCACGGCACUACCAUCAAGCUGGCGCCAAAGCCCAUCGACAUCAUCUGGCAAAACAUGCCGCUGUCCAGCUCUACUCGAAGUCGCAGACGGUGGAUUAACAGUUUUUGGAUUGUCCUUUUGACCUUUUUAUGGAUUGCGCCCAACGCCAUGAUUGCCAUCUUCCUCGUCAACUUGGGAAAUCUGGGCAAGGUUUGGCACGGAUUCCAAGUGUCACUGGAAAAGGAAACCACUUUCUGGGGCAUUGUUCAGGGUAUUGCAUCCCCCGCCAUCACGUCGGGUGUCUACCUGGCUCUCCCCGUCAUCUUCCGUCGCCUGUCCAUCAGGGCAGGAGACAAGACGAAGACGGGACGUGAGAGACACGUCAUGGCCAAGCUCUACUCCUUCUUCGUCUUCAACAACCUCAUCGUCUUCUCCUUCUUCAGUGUCAUCUGGUCUUUUGUUGCUGCCGUCAUCACCGACGCUGACGAUGGACUGAACGCCUGGGACGCCAUCGUCAAGGAAAACAUUGCACUCGGCAUCUUCACAGCCUUUUGCAAAAACAGCCCCUUUUGGAUCACCUACCUUCUGCAGCGGCAGCUCGGUGCCGCCAUUGAUCUCGCUCAGCUCUGGCCGCUCAUCAGUGCCUUUUUCCUCAAGAGGUUCUCCAGCCCUACGCCGCGAGAGCUUAUUGAUCUGACGGCCCCGCCAGCGUUUGAUUAUGCCAGUUACUACUGCUACUUCCUCUACUACUCGACCGUCACGCUGUGCUUCGCGGGUAUUCAGCCCCUUGUUCUUCUCGCGACGGCUCUGUACUUUUGCAUCGAUUCCUUCUUGAAGAAGUACUUGAUCCUGUACCGCUUCGUUACCAAGACGGAGUCUGGUGGCUUGUUCUGGCGUGUCGUCUUCAACCGCUUCAUCUUCGGCACCAUCUUGUCCAAUGGUGUUUUCCUGCUGACGUGCUGGGUGCGCGGAGAUGCUUCUCACAUUCAAUUCUAUGCCGUGUGCCCCUUGCCUAUUCUCCUGAUCCUCUUUAAGAUUUACUGCGGAAAAACCUUUGACGAUAGGAUCCGAUACUACAGGAUAUCUGCUCAACGAAACCAAGGCCCUGAUGGUAUGCAGAAGGAGAACCGCCUCCGAAAUGAGAAGCUGGCCAGUCGCUUUGGCCACCCGGCUCUAUACAAGCCCCUCAUCACUCCCAUGGUCCACCAGAAGGCACAGAACCUGCUCCCGUCCGUUUACUCGGGACGGCUGACUGACGGCAGAGAGGGCGGAAACAAUGCGGACCUGAUGACUGUUAGCGGUUACUCGGACGUGUACGCCCUCAACGCUAUGCAAGGUGGUAAGCCCGGCAAAGCUGCUGACGGGGUGCCUGGAUUUGAAUACGUCUCGGAGGCGCACAUGGACUUUGAGUAUUACAAGAACCGAGCAGAGUUUACUGAAGAGCACGGAGGCGGUGAAAUCAGCUCCAGGCCAGGAACACCAUCCAACCGCCACGCCACGCCCUUUUCUCCCGGAAACGUGAAGCUGCCGACGCCGCAGGAAACAAGCUACCAGUCCUACAGGCCCAGCCCCUACGCAGACGAUUCCAUCGGUCGCCAUCGCAGCCCGCUCUAUGCUCAAGAUAACGGCAGUUCAUCAGGCCUGGUGAGCAAUGCCGUGGGCCCGGCCAUGGUGCCGCCCGCGUCGUAUCGAGACGUGUCUCAGGAACGGUCACGGAGUCCCGCAUUGGCCUCAACGCCCGGCGCGGGGGUGGGCGGACCGCGGGGAUACAGCGGCCUCCCCCAACAAGAGGAACAGGAUGCCGACCCCAUGCAGUACAACUACUUUAGGGGCGGAUCUCGACCGACAAAGCCUCCCGGACAGGGCUGGUAA